GUGGACCUGCCUCUAGACACCCCGCACCGACGCACGCUCGGUCGCUCCCGCAUUUUCGCUUGAUUGGAGCUCUUACUCGACUAUUUAUGGAUAAAGUACAUUCUGUCACAAUGUCGUGGAUGACAGGGAAGCUGUACUACCUAGUGUGGAAGUGAAACGAAGUGAUGGGACCAAUCACCUUCAGGUGUUUUUUACCAAGGAGUAAUGAGGACUCUGCAUCGCGCAUCCUAAGAUGGCGAGACCGGUCGGCCCCGGACUAGCCAGGAUAAUGGCGCUCUCGUGAAACAGGCCGUGCGGCAAGAUGUGGAUACUGUGGGUCUGGUGCCUGGCAGCCCUUCUGUGGGCUGUCACGGGCAACGUAGGUCCGGACUACCACACUCCUGACGACUGCCAGGUCACCUCUCUCCCGGGCACCGACCUCGUCGCCCUCCUGUGUCGACUGCGGACUAACAACAGUGAGCUAGACGCCACGAAUUUCAGCCUGGCGUCGACACGAAACACAGUGAAGCUUAGAAUCGAGUGCAGUGACGUGAUAUUCUUCCAAAGUGCUCUCCAAAAUAAAAGUUUCGUGCGAUUACGCGAGUUGCAGGAACUCGAUAUCGAAUAUUGUAAGAUCGGCGAGGUCCCGCGGGAGGCGUUCCUCGGCCUGACCAACCUGAGGAAUCUGACACUUCGAACGUACAAUGCCGACUGGUCUGUCGUGACCCUUAAGAUCGCCAAUGACGCCUUUAUGGACCAGAAAAAGCUGGAGUACUUGGAUCUGGGAAAUAACAACAUUUGGACUCUCCCGCCAGCGCUGCUGUGUGAGCUGGAAAAUCUAAGGCUUCUCAACCUGUCAAGGAAUAAGCUUCAGGACGUCACAGUUCUCAGUUUCAGUCAGGCAGAGCAUAUCUGCGCCCCGGGACUGCGCUCGUUAGAUAUUUCGUUUAACCACCUCGUAAGUGUUCCCGCAUUUGCAUUUGCAGCGCUCAAAAGCUUGCAGGUUUUAAAUGUGAGUCUCAACGGAAUUAGCAAACUGGAAGAUAAAGCACUGUUCGGUAUGUAUUCAUUAGAAGUGUUAGAUUUAUCGGGAAAUCUCCUGACCACGUUACCGCCGGAGUUAUUUCAGGAAAAUAAGAGACUGACAAAAUUGUACAUACGAAAUAAUUCUGUGAGUGUGCUCGCGCCUGGACUGUUCACAGGACUGAGUUUGUUGUUAGAAUUGGAGUUGUCAGAUAACCAGCUAACUAAUACGUGGGUGAAUUCCGAGACGUUCACGGAUCUGCUCAGACUCGCUAGUUUAGACAUGUCAAACAACAAAAUCACGCGAUUAGACGCGGCGACGUUUCGUGAUCUGACGAACUUGCAGGUUUUGAAAUUGCAACAAAAUAUGAUCGAGACGAUUUCUGACAACACUUUCAGUGGACUCUUCCGACUCCACACGCUCGUGUUAUCGGACAACCGCGUCAAAAUGAUCAGUGACAAGACUUUCGGCGGCCUAAUUGGGCUGCAGGUGUUAAAACUCGACGGAAACGAAGUGUUUAGCAUCGACAGCGAAGCCCUUGUCAACUCCACGGGGCUUCAGGAGCUCCAGCUGAGCCACAACCACCUGCAGGAUGUUCCCAAAGUGGUGAAGAGCCUCGCCUCCCUCAGGAUCCUCGACCUGAGCGGCAACCAUGUAAGUGUCAUAAGCAACAAGUCCUUCCCGGACCUUCCUCACCUUAGUGUUCUAAGACUUGCUGCAAACGACAUAGAAAACGUCACGAAAAGUGUGUUUACAAACCUCCCGUCUCUGCAAGUGCUUGAUCUGUCAAGCAACAGGAUUUUCACUGUAGAGAACGGAGCUUUUGAUAACAACAGACAUAUUGAAGCUAUCAGAUUAGAUGACAAUAUUUUGACAAAUGUUAAAGGACUUUUUUCAAACCUGCCAAACCUUCAGUGGCUUAAUUUGUCUAAAAAUCAUCUUGAAAUGUUUGAUUAUGCAUUUAUUCCAAGAGGUUUAAAAUAUCUAGAUCUGCGGUCAAAUAACAUUAAUGAACUUGGUAAUCAUUAUGAAAUUGAAGGUGAGCCGCAUUUAAAAAUCAUCGACGCUAGUUUUAACAGGUUAUCCGACAUCAGUGCAAGUUCAUUUCCUGAUAGUGUUGAAAUAAUUUUCCUGAACAAUAAUCUUAUAGAAAGUGUGCAGCCUUUCGCCUUCUUCAGUAAUAAUAAUCUUACAAAAGUGGAUCUGUAUGCAAAUAAGAUCAGAAAUCUCGAUCAGACGGCGCUCAGGCUUUCCCAAAUGGAUCCCUCUCGUGACCUGCCCGAGUUCUACCUGGGCGGGAACCCUUUCGAGUGCGACUGCACCAUGGAGUGGCUGCAGACGAUCAACAGCUAUGACCAGCCACACCAGCGCCUGAUGGUGAUCGACCUCGACUCCAUCGAGUGUCGCCUGAUGAACAACAAGGGCAAAAUCCCUCUGCUGGAUGCCAAGAAGCUGCAGUUCCUGUGUGAGUACGACUCGCACUGUUUCACCCGCUGUAAAUGCUGCGACUUCGACGCCUGUGACUGCGAGAUGACGUGCCCCGCCAACUGCACCUGCUUCCACGACAACUCCUGGGCGGCCAACAUCGUCGACUGCUCCCGCGCGGGUUACGGAUCCGUGCCGGAGAGGAUCCCGAUGGACUCCUCCGAAGUGUACCUGGACGGCAACGCGCUCUCGUCCCUCUCCAGCCACACGUUCAUCGGGCGAAAGAACAUGAGAGUUCUGUAUCUGAACGACAGCGGCGUCGAGGUCAUACACAACAGGACAUUCAACGGACUGAAGUUGUUAGAAACACUCUACCUUCAUAGGAAUUCAAUCAAGGAACUGAAGGGUUAUGAGUUUGAACAUCUUACCCUUUUACGUGAAUUGUAUUUACAUGAUAAUGAAUUGUUUUUCAUUCAAAAUACAACAUUCCUGACGCUGGCCUCGCUUAGGGUGCUGAGGCUAGACAAUAACCGCCUGAAAACAUUUCCUGUGAACAUGUUCUCUAAAAACCAUAAUCUCCAUUCCCUUCACCUCAGCGAGAACCCCUGGACCUGCGAUUGUGAGAACCUGAGGGACAUUCAGGCAUGGCUCCAGGGCGUUGGCAGGAAGCUCAGGGACGCGGAUAAAAUCUACUGCGCCCUCAACGGGUCGAGCGAAGUCGUGGCUCAGGUCUCGACCUACAAUCACUCCUCGUGUAACAACGAGACCGAGACUACCACGAUCCGGCACGAGGCUUACUUGGACUACGUGUUCCUGCCCACCAUCACGCUCGGGGCCUUCGCCGUGCUCCUCACCAUCACCCUCAUAGUCUUCUGCAACCGCAACCGCAUGCGGGUGUGGGUGUACGCCAAGUACGGCGUCAGACUCUUCUACCGGAGCGAGUACGAGGGCGACACCGACAAGGCUUUCGACGCGUUUGUGAGCUACAGCUCGAAGGACGAGGUGUUCGUGACGCAGAUCCUCGCCCCCGAGUUGGAGCGCGGGAGCCCCGCGUACAAGCUGUGUCUGCAUUACAGAGACUUCCCUGUCGGUGCCUAUAUAACGGACACCAUCCUAAGCGCAGUGGAAACGAGCAAGCGCACGAUACUAAUUUUAUCCGAAAAUUUUAUAAAAUCAGAGUGGUGUCGCUUCGAAUUCCGAUCGGCCCACCACGAGGUCCUCAAAGACAGGCGUCGCCGCUUAAUCGUCAUACUAUUAGGCGACGUCCCGCAGCGGGAUUUGGACCCCGACAUCCGACUCUACCUAAAAACAAACACGUACUUGAAGUGGGGCGACACGCAUUUCUGGGAGAAGCUCAAGUUCGCCAUGCCGGACGCACAGCCGCCCACCAGGAACCACCAGCUGCAUGCCAUCGCCGCCCAGCAGCAGCCGGGUCCUCGCCCUGUCCCUCUACACACCUGAAGUGGCCCUGACUGACGCGGAGCAUCUUCAAAACACAACACGCAAACAGAUGCAAGCCUGUUGCAGUGUGUGCCGCUCGUCUGCUGAGCCAGAUUGCACGGUGCGGGUUGUUAGGCGAAUGUCCCGAGUCGACGAUCGGAAGGGAAAA